AUGCAAAUCAAUUAUCUCGUCUUGCUUCUCUCCCUCUUCCUUGGCUUUGCCAUAGCUUCGAGGGGGGUAUCAAAAGCCCUCAAAGAGUUCAUCGCCACAAUUCCAGCAGCCAAACUUGAGGGCCUUCCAAAAAAGGCGGGAACUAUCCAUAGUAACGACCAUUUCCGCCUGGAUAUGCAGGGGGUGAGUUUUUCAUAGUCUGCUCGAGUGAUUGCGAAGACUAAUCCUCAUAUGCAGCUUACCACCGUAAGAAAAAAUAGCCCUCCUCAGUCGCACAACCUUCAGAUUCAGGCGAACAGCGGUAGUAAGAACAAACAAGUGGCCAAAAUUGCACCGGCCACCGUCGCUGGGGCUGUCAAAGUUCCAGUUGUGGCCCCUUGGCCGGCGGAGCAAGUCAGGAAGGCUUUCGCGAAUUCAAUGGUGAUCUAA